AUGGGAAAUGUAGUCCAGUGCUGCCACUUUCUCUCCAACUACUUCACAUGUCCAGAUGCUUUAGCUCCAUCUGCGGCUGAGAGAUCUCCUUUACUCUCCAGCGAUGAAGAAACCAGGUCUAACUCCCCAAGUCUCCCUGACGACACAGAGGACGACAUGUUGACGUUAUCCGCUGAUCUGACCAACCAAGCUCUCGAACCUGAGCAUUUCCUGUUUCCUGAUUUGAUAUUGAGUAGUAAUUUAGGGACAGAUGCAGCUGUGGUAGAGCCUAUGGUUUGUCUGUUGGUGUCUGAGGAAGAAGAGGAACAAGGAGGAGACCGAAGAGAGGAUACUUUGUGUAGAACGUUAUACUCCGAGGUGGAAACUCAAACUGAAAAUGGGACACACAUUUUAAAAUCUGGACAAAUUCACACACAGGUAGAAGUUGAGACUCAAACUGAAACACUACUGGAAAGUCCCAAAAAACAAGAUGAAGAAAAAGAAAAAUCGACUGAAACUAAUUUUCUCUUGGAUUGUUUAGAAGAGCACAAAGAAACGACAAAACAUUUCGAAGAUGCAGCUACUGAUGUAGAAGUAAUUCAACUUCCAGUAGAAAUAAAUAUACAGGGAACCCAAGACAAGGAAAACAGCAAGAUUAUAAAUACUCAAGAGGAAAUAACUGUAAGCUGUAGUGAUAAUGGUUUUCCUACUAAGUCAAGUAAUACUUUGCGGAUACUAAAUAACACAGAGCUUAUAGUGGAGCAAAGUGGACAUUUUGUAGAAGAGAAGAGCAACUUUGAGGUAGAAAGUGAUAUUGAGGUUAAGUGUGAGAAACUGGACUGCUCUGAUGAAGAGCUUUUAGAUAUAAUUGUCACUAAUAAUGAUCCUGAGUGUGUAGAAAAGAGUUUGUCCAUAAAGGAUACACAAGAGACAUUGGGCUCUCAUGAUCAAAUCGAGGAGUGCACAUUUAGCAAAGAAGGUAAAUCUGUUGAAACAUCUAUUCAAAAGGAGUGUGAGGAGAGCGGUGCGCCACUUGUAACGGAUUUAGACACUGCUCUUCUUUAUGCUGAAAAUGUGAGUCUCUCCAGAGCAAAGCAGAUGACCCUGUUUCUGGUUGACACUUUAUUUCUAGAAACACCUCAGUUUAAAGCACCUCUUUCUCAAACUGAAGAGGAGCAGACUGAAGAAAUGACUGAAGAAAAUAUAGAAGAAAUAAUGGAUUUACAGGAGAUGAACUUCACUGUAAAAAUCCAGCCUCCGGGAGCAGACAUCUUUGAAAUACAGGUCUCUGGGCAGAUGCUGGUUGCUGAGCUUCAUCAGGUUUUGAUGGAUCAUGAGCUCACCUGCCAUCGCACAUGCUUCUCUCUGCAGCUGGGGGGCGCUGUGCUGGACAGUCUGGCAGAGCUAAAGUCCAUCCAGAGUCUACAAGAGGGAGAAGUCAUCAAAGUAGUGGAAGGGCCAUACACUGUCUGGGAUGCUCGUCUCCAUCUCAGGCAUGUUAGAAAUCUCCUCAGAAGUCUGGACCAAACAGAAGCCUACAAUGGACAAAAAGGAUGCUCUGUUUCUUUCGCAAACUUUAUCACCCAAAAGGACAAAGGUAAAUCCAAUUAAAAUGAUUAUAAUUAUACUCAUUAUCAACCAUUAGCAUUUGUCACAGAUGUUGAAAGCAGAGACCAAGGGAGGUUUUGUAUGCCUCCUGAAUAUGUCCUCCCUGGAUGCAAAGACAGACCACUUACCCCCAUGCUACCAGACAGAGAUGACUUGAAGCCACCACAGUGUGUUCAAGUGUUGACUAUGAGCAGCUGGAACCCUCCUCCGGGAAACAGGAAGAUGCAUGGAGACCUGCUCUAUCUGAAUGUUCUGACUAUUGAAAACAGAGAGCUCAACAUCACCGCAGCAACCCGGGGUUUUUACAUCAACCAAUCUACUGCCUUCCAUUUCAACCCCAAACCUGUAGUUCCCACAGUUCUGUGCCACUCUCUGGUGGAGCUGUUGAGCCAGAUCAGCCCUGGAUUCAGGAAAAACUUCAUAACUUUGCAGAAGAAAAGGCUUCAGCAGCAUCCUUAUGAGAGGAUCCCAACUCUAUUCCAGACAUACACCUGGAUCGCUCCUUUAGCAGACCAUAGACUGGACGGCAUCAGAGCAGAGGAGACACACAGCAGCCACAUGGGACUGGAUGACCUCACUGCUGGACAGAAUCGAGACUGGAACGAGGAGCUGCAGGGAUCCAGAGAGCUCCCAAAAAAUUCUUUACACGAACGAAUCCUAAGAGAGAAGAGCAUUUUCAAGACGAUUGCUGACUUCACAGCAGCUGCAACACGAGGAGCUGAGUCUGUCGUUGACGGUAACACUGUGGCUUUAAAUCCAGGAGAGGCCCCUCAUCUACAAAUGUUCAUCUGGAACAACAUGUUUUUCAGCCUGGGCUUUAACGUGUCAGAGCAUUACCGUCCACUAGAGGGCGACACUGCUGCACACGCUGCUGCUCUUAGAGACCUGAGAGGGGCACAGGCUUAUGGAGCACUGGACAUUAACGGUCUUCACACUCUUGGGACAGCCGUGAUAGACUAUCGGGGGGUAAGAGUUACUGUGCAAUCCAUAGUCCCAGGAUUACUGGAGAAAGCUCAGGAGCAGCCUCUUGUCUACGGAUCUAAUGACUAUGGGAAAACAGUCUAUACACACCAAAGGUUUGUAGAGCUUUUGGAUAAAACCUGUCACCCUUUGAAGAUCCAACGUCACACUGUAUUGGACCACUCUGGUUCUCCUGUGGAACUGUGCUCUGGAGUUGAAACUAAAGGGAUUUUUGGAAAUGAUGGCCGUGCCUACAUCCUAGACCUUCUGAGAGCUUUCCCCCCUGAUCUUAACUUUCAGCUGACAGGAACAGAGCACAAAUACAAUGAAGUAAUACCAAAGGAGUGUGUUCAAUAUGGAUAUCCACGUCAUUGUCCUCACAGACUGGCCAGUCACAGACCAGAGAUGGUACAUGCAUUUGUCCAACACAGGCGCUUUUAUCUUGUGACAGAUAUAAUAUUUAUGUCAAGGCAGUAUCAAAAGGAUGUUCUUACACAAGCUGUAAUCCAGAAAGCAUGUAGGUCUGUGGGAUCAGUGAGCGACUCCGGCUUUGACAUUCGUUUCAACCCUGAUGUUUGUUCUCCAGAUGUCACUUUCCCUCCUGAAUGUGCUGAAGAUUUACAGAGGCAAAGACAGUUACUAUGGGAUGUAGCUGCUUUUGUGCUCUCUCACCAAAUCCCUACAGUGCUGACUUAUUGCCUGGCUCAUCCCACUGUGAUGGAUGGGGCGACCUUGACCUCUGAGCUGCGACAUGGCAUAAAUGUGAGGUAUUUGGGAACUGUCCUGGAGCAGCUUGACUCUAUGGAGGAGUGUGUGAGACUCAGUCAUAUAAAGAGGAUUUGUGUCAGUGAAGUCAUUGUGAGAAGUACCAAACACACAUUCAGGAACUACCUGCAGGACGUGGAUCCGGCGUCUCUCUCUGCUGCUGUCUCUCACUUCCUGAACUGUUUCCUUGGCUCUUCUUCAUGUUUAGUCUCGGGAGGCAGAUCCGAGGAGGUCAUCACUAAACGCAGGAGUCGCAGACGACGUAGCCGAAUUUCAGGAAGUGUUUGGGCAAAGUUGACCCCCAGUGACCUUUGGAGCAGGAUCAAAGAUGCACAAGAAUAUUUUAGCUACCAAAUAGAGAGUGGCAGCGUUGAUGAAGUCAUUGAAAAGCACAGCCUUCAGAAAGUUUCUCUGUUGAGAGCGAUCUGCCUCCAAACUGGGAUCCAGGUGCUUUUGAAGGAUUAUACCUUUGAAUCUCGACACAGACCAGUUGUUGAAGAAGAUGUCAUGAACAUGUUUCCUAUCGUCAAACAUCUCAAUCCAACUUCAUCAGACGCCUCUCGACUCAUUGGGGAGGCUCAGAGGGUGGUACAGAGGGGUCUCCUCAAAAAUGGCUAUGACUUCAUCAGCCAGGCCAUAACCCUGUUAACCAGCAUCUGCGGCGUGCUGCAUGAAGAUGUGUGCUCCUGUCUGCGCCUCCAAGGACGACUCAGCUACAUACUGGGACACCACACGGAAGCUAUAAACCUCCAGGAAAAGACUGUUAUUAGCAGUGAAAGAAUCAAAGGUGUAGACCAUGCUCAGACCAUUCAAGAUUAUACCUACCUGGCUCUGUACUGUUUUGCUGGAGGUCAACUCACUACCUCACUUCAGGUCUUAUAUCGUGCUCGGUACCUUUGUCUACUUGUAUGUGGGGAAGACCAUCCACAAGUUGCAUUAAUAGAUAGUAUGCUGGGCUUAGUGCUACAUGGACUAAUGGAGUAUGAGCCCUCCCAGAAGUUUCUUGAAAAUGCCUUAAGUCUUGCUGUAAAAUACUAUGGUGCAAUGUCUCUGAAACACGCUCAGAGUCAUCAUCUGCUUGCCACUCUUUUAGAAAGUAAAGGUGACUUCAGAUCAGCUCUGCACCAUGAAAAAGAGGCCUGUUCUAUAUAUCAGAACCAGGUUGGGGAGGACCAUGAUCGGACAAAGGAAAGCAAAAACUACCUGAAAACACUUACUCAACAAGCAGUGAACCUCCAGAAAGCACUUAAUCAAAUCUACUGUGAAACACCCAGUGCCUGUAUAACGCCUCCAAAGCUUUCAGUCCCAAACGCAGUUACAAUCCUUCAGCAACUAAACCUCAUCUGUGGCAUUGUUCUCGUUCCUCUCAGUGAAAAAGAAGUGGCUGAUCUGAGGACAAAGAUCAAUAAAGAAAAAACAGAUAACAUGGUAACGCAAGAAAACAACUAA